AUGCCGCGUCCCGCAAGGCGCCCGUGGGGGAGCCGGCCCCCUGCCCGUCCCUGCCGGGCCCGCCGCUGUGCCGCCCCCGCGGGGCUCUCUCCCUCUCGGCUGUGGCACCUUCUGAAGAGUCUGUGGGAGAGCUCCUCCCUCUGGUGGUGGUGGUGGUGGAGCAGCACCAGCUCUUGGCUCCGCCUGACGAGGCCCCGGCCCCGGCCCCGGCCCCGGCCCCGUGCGAGGCCCCUCCCGUGGCUCCCCCCGCAGCAGCCCCGCAGCCGCCCGGCUCCUGCCCCAUCGCCGGCAGCUUCCCCUGUCCGAGCCCCGCCGCCCGUCAGCUCGGCCGCCGGCCCCGAGCCGCCGGAGCCCGGGGCGGCUCAGGAAGCAGCAGCGCCCGGGGCGGGCGGGUGCCCCGGGCAGAAUGGCGAGAGCGCGGUGCCGGCCGCACGGGCGGAGAAGCGUCCCCUGGAGCAGCUCUACCGGCUGGGCCCGCUGCUGGGGAGCGGCGGCUGCGGCAGAGUUUACGCCGGGACCCGGCUCGCCGACGGCGCCCCGGUGGCCAUCAAAGCAGUGCCCCGCGAUCGCGUCUGGGAGUGGGCGCGGCUGGUGAGUGAGCGGGGCCAGCGGGAGCAGCCGGCGGGGCAGGACGUGCCGGGCGGGGCUAAGGCCAGGCCUGGCAGGCACGACGGCGCCCUUGUGCCCCUGGAGCUGGUGCUGCUCUCCAUGGUGUCGUGCCCUGGCUUCCGCGGCGUUGUACAACUCCUGGACUGGUUCGAGCUGCCCGACGGCUUUGCCCUCAUCAUGGAGCGUCCGGAGCGCUGCCGGGACCUCUGGCACCUGCUGCACGCAGGAGGGUUCCUGCCAGAGCCUGUGGCACGGGAGGUGUUCCGCCAGGUGCUGCAGGCUGUGCGGCACUGCACCAGCCGCGGCGUGCUGCACCGCGACAUCAAGGCCGAGAACAUCCUCGUUGACCUGGCCACCGGCGACGCAAAGCUCAUUGACUUUGGGUGCGGCACCAUCCUCCAGAACACCGCCUACACCCACAUGGCAGGAACGCGGGAGUACUUCCCACCGGAAUGGAUCCUCUUCGGCCGCUACCACGGCCAGCCAGCCACCAUCUGGACCCUGGGCAUCCUGCUGUAUCAGCUGGUGUGCAGGCACCUUCCCUUUAAAACCAGAGAGGACAUCGUCCGGGGCCAGCUCUUCUUCCCUCCCCGGGUGUCUCAAGAGUGCCAGCACCUCAUCAGGUGGUGUUUAUGCAUGGACCCUGCAGACAGGCCAUGCCUGGAAGACCUUUUAGAGCAUCCUUGGCUGCAGCAGCACCACCUGGCCCAUGAGACAGCAGAGAUCCAUCCCUCUGCACAGUAG